GGAUUCCAGUUGAGUUGCACGUAGUGCGCGCGAAUGUAACUUUUCCAAGUGUUACGUAAAAUUUUAUUUGGAUUUUCGUGUUAAAGGAUGGAUUAAUAUUUUUUCAUUAUUUACAUCAAAUAUUUACGAUGGCAAUAGUAAUUGGAGCAAAAGAUAAAUAGACAAUACAAUGAGUUUUAUCAAUAAUGAAACGAACGUUACUCUUAAUAUAUCGGAAACUGUAGACCCCACGCACAUUUUUGGACCGCAACGAGAUUCCUUAUUCAUAGUUAUUCCGAUAACAAUAAUAUACGCUGUUACUUUCGUCACAGGGUUGUUUGGAAAUAUUUGUACAUGUAUAGUCAUAACGCGUAACAAAAAUAUGCACACAGCAACAAAUUAUUACUUAUUUAGUUUAGCAAUAUCAGAUUUACUUUAUUUAGUUAGUGGCAUGCCCCAAGAAAUGUAUUCAAUAUGGUACAAAUGGCCCUACGUGUUUGGGCAAACCUUCUGUCUGCUUAGAGGAUUAGCUGCGGAAACAUCAACAAAUGCUAGUAUUUUAACAAUAACUCUCUUCACAAUCGAAAGAUAUUUAGCGAUAUGCCACCCAUUCGUUUCACACAAAAUGUCGAAACUUUCACGAGCAAUAAAGCAUGUUAUCUUGUUGUGGAUCAUAUCGCUUGCACUGGCGUUGCCCCAGGCGCUUCAAUUUGGCAUUAAAAAUCAUAAAGGCGUUACUAUGUGCCUACAAACAAGGGUGAUUAUUAAACACUCCUUCGAAUUGUCUACGAUAUUUUUAUUUAUUGCACCAAUGCUUGUUAUAACAGUCCUUUACUCGCUAAUUGGACUUAGAUUGAAUAAAUCUAAUUUUUCAAAAGAAGUACCGGAGGAAAUACAUAAAAGCAAACGAGUGAUUCAGAAAAUCCACAGGAAAAAUAGUACACAGUCGACUAGGCGAGUUGUAAAGAUGUUGGUUGCCGUAGUAAUAGGUUUCUUUAUCUGCUGGGCGCCGUUCCAUGCACAAAGGCUCGUCGCAAUCUAUGGAACGGCUGACAAUCACUUGGCAAAAUCGUCUCUGCUGUUGUCAGCGUAUCACUUCUUAACAUACACUUCUGGAGUCUUUUACUACGUGUCCACCUGCAUUAAUCCCAUAUUUUACCACAUAAUGAGCAAUAAAUUCAGAGAAGCGUUUAAGAUUACAAUGGCCCAGUGUUGUUGUCGGGAAACAACGAGAUCUGCUGCGAAGCGUUGUUCAUAUACAGCUGUACCAUUCUCACGACAACCAACAUCAAACGGAUCGAUGAACUCUGGUUCCUUCAAACAGCAGCUGAGUAUAAAAGGACUGCAACCAGAAUAUACCUGUACCAAAGAAAACAUUCCAACCUCCCGUGUUUUUAAAGUUUGUGAGAAAUGUAAACGUACAUUUUCUGUUCCCUCUCUACUGGAGCUUAAAAGUUGUAGUCAUAAAGCCCAUAUUGAUACACAAAUCGCUAAUAGUGCUUAAUAAAUAUAAAAUAAUAUAGGACUUCAUUGAAAUAAUUUGUGAACUCGAGAUUAAUUAUUUAGAAUUGCAGAUUUUGUCUGUGAUUGUAAUGCAUAGAAAAUGGAACAAACGGAGGAAUCUUAAAGAACCAACUACAUAUUUAGAGACUAGUUUAAAAAAACUUAUUUUUUAGUUAUGUACUACGAUAGUUGAUUUGAAUAAUAUUAAAUUUAUUUUCUUUCUUUUUGCGCCUUCACCAUUAUGUUACGGCAUAUUAUGAUCUGGCAUAAAAAAUUGAAUUAACUUACAAAAAAAUAAAUUUAGAAAGGUUCGGUACUGAUUUUAUAAUUCGUGCAAUAUUACUUUUAAAGCUUUAAUUAUUCAUAUUCAUUGCAUUAUUCUGUAGAUCUUCUUCCAUAAAAAAAACGCUAACGCCUAUAAUAAUUUUAUUUUUAUAUUCUAUUUACUUAUUUAUUACACUUAAAAUAUGCUUUUUAUAAAUUACCAUUUUGAAUAUAUAGAUUCCAAUAAGUAAUCAGUUCGAUUUAUAGUGAAGAUAUAAAGAUAUUCUUCUUUUGCAGUAUACUUCAUAUGUUUUAUAGUAUAAUUUCUUUAAUUAUUAAAAAACUCCAUGUUUUUAUAUUGAAUUUUGCACACAAAAUAAAUGUCAAAGAAACUCAACGAUACGCAAUAGAUAAAAAGUUUAACUACGACUUGUAUCACAUCUUUAUUAUAGCGAAUUAUUAGAACUGUUUUGAUUUAUUUGGAUAUUUUACAUUUGAAGUUUUAUAUCGUCGUUGUUCCAUUUACGGGUCCACUGAUAGUUUGAUUAAACCAAAUAUAUUAUUGUAAAGUAUUUUUAUUUUAAAUAACAUAAUUAUUAUUAUAAAUUAUCUUAAAUAAGUGUAUUGGGAAAUCUGGAAAAUUAAUGACUGUCAUUAAAAUAAUUUUAAAUUAAUAUAGUUAUAAUGUAAUGAAGGAUUGUAAACGUCUUUAUCUCUGAUUUGAAUUAGAUCAUAAAAUAAAUGGUUACAAUUCAAAUUGUCACAGGUUGUUAGAAAUAAAACAAUUUAAACUUAUAAUUACUAUCACCAUGCUUUGAGCACGUAAGAUUGAACUUUAUGGAAAUCAAUCGUAAAAAGAAACUAUAUUAUGUAAACGAUUUAUUUCAUGUAGCGUUACUAAGACUACGCUUAUGUAAUUGUGCAUAGAAUAUAAAUAUUUUAUACAAUCUGACCGUA